CAGAGGGAGGGGACUUUUACGGGAAGCACCUGAACGCAGCAGCAGUCCAGCAGGCAGCAGAGAGCAGAAGAUGCAGACUAUAAAGUGUGUGGUGGUGGGUGACGGUGCGGUGGGAAAGACUUGCCUUCUCAUCUCCUACACCACCAACAAGUUUCCCUCUGAAUACGUCCCCACGGUGUUUGAUAACUAUGCAGUGACGGUGAUGAUCGGAGGAGAGCCGUACACUCUGGGACUGUUUGACACUGCAGGUCAGGAGGACUACGACAGACUGCGACCCCUCAGCUACCCUCAGACCGACGUCUUCCUCGUCUGCUUCUCCGUCGUAUCGCCUUCCUCGUUUGAGAAUGUCAGAGAGAAGUGGGUGCCGGAGAUCUCGCAUCACUGCCCUCGGACGCCCUUCCUGCUGGUCGGGACUCAGGUGGAUCUGAGAGACGACAGCAACACUCUGGAGAAACUGGCCAAGAACAAACAGCGAGCUCUGAGCUGUGAGAGCGGAGAGAAGCUGGCCCGGGAUCUGAAGGCCGUCAAAUAUGUGGAGUGUUCAGCCCUCACACAGAGGGGACUGAAGAACGUGUUUGACGAGGCCAUCCUGGCAGCUCUGGAGCCUCCAGACAACAAACCCAAGAAGCGCUGCGUCCUGCUCUAGACGCCACACGAGGUGGAGGAGGAUGAGGAGGAAGAGGAGGAGGAGAUAAACCUAGACGGGUACAGAGCGGGAGGAAGAGGGGGGAGGGUAGUUGACGAGGUAGACACAUGUUUCAACAGUGCCUUCAGCCGUAGUGACUUAACGUGGGUGUGGUGUCGGAGGAGCCGGGCUCUCGACAGGCUUUAUUUUCAUCAUAGUUACGUGUCCGGAUUAUUUUAUGACUAACACAUGAGAACGACACUCCUCAAUAACCAGUUUUAAUUAUAGGGAGGAUGCGUGUUAAUCAGUAGAGAGACGCCUUAAAGAUACAGAGGAUGGAGUCACAGUUCAAAAGAUUUCUACUCAAGAUUUCUUUGCUCAGUUUUACACAGUUGUGUUGAAUUAAUGAUGAAGCUGAUCUGCUGUUUUCAUGGAAAACCUUUGGAAUUGAGCUGACAGUGACAUGGUCUCACUUCAAACUAAUAAAACAUGUUCUUAA